GAAGAGCCCGCGGCGCAGGGGGGCGGCUCGGAAAGCUGGGAAGGCGUUUGCCCGGUUUGUCUCCGCGGAGAAGCAGCAACAGAAGUCAUUAAAAUGGUCGCCUGCGACUCCUGCAACCGCUGGUUCCACUUUGAAUGCGUGGGGUAUGCAGGCGAGACAAGAGAAGACGACACGUGGUACUGUCCUGACUGCUACCGUGGAGGAGCUGCGGGGGGCCCUUGAAGGGGCCCCACAGGGGGCCCUUCAAGGGGCCCCACAGGGGACCCCCCUAGAAGCCCAAAGCCCCUGUGGGGGCCUCUAA